AUGCAGCCGAAUACGGUCGUUGGCGGCAGUACUUACCCUCGUGUCCGUCCACCCCCUUCCCACAUCCAAGCCUCGUAUCCCUCCUCGCUCCGGCGUGUCAUGUCUGAAAUGCACCCAGUAAUACGACCACCAGUUUCUUCAGUGCCACCAGUGCCCCAGUUACCUCAAGCCAUUUUGGACUCCCGGGGAAAGGAAAAUGAGUUCAAGCCAAGGGUGUCCAAGUCAAGAGAUUCCGAACUUAUGGCAUUUAAUAUUCCUUAUGUUCCCGAGUCUAGGAGGAGAAAGUAUGGCUACGAGCUCCCUCCGCACCCCCGGGACGCAAUCCUGCAAGGGAAAACACUCCGUCACGCACCAGACUCACGACGGCUCAAUACGAGGCGUGAUAUCGACCGCCAGACGGUUGAAAUGAUGCGUGAGCGUCUGAACGAUCAGAGCGACAUUCAUUUGGGUACGAGGAAAUCGGGAGACUUCCAUGGCACAAUGGGUACGAACUAUGUGCCAGUUGAUGAAGAACUGAUGAGGGAAAGGUUUAAACAACAAAGAAAGCAAGGAGCACUAGACCUGGCCGUGCCUCACAAGACCAACGUUCUGACUGGAAGUAUAUCAAAUGCCCCAUCAGAACGAAGGGGAAGCGGCGCGACGUUGCUUUUACCUGACUUUACAAUUAUCCGUGGUUCAAUGCCUCUCAGCGCUGGGCAAGGUAUUCCCGAGUCUCCAGAGCCUGAGUCUCCACAUACCACCUUUGAAUGGGACAGUCCUUCACCCUUUGGAGGACCAUUGUUUGCGCCACAUUGGAAUCAGAACUGGAAUAAUGGCCGCCCAUCUAGUUUGGAUGAAACUCAAAGUCCAUCACGCAAAGCAAGUCAACCCGAGUUGGACAUCGAGCUAGCUAAGAAAACACGGCCCACCACGCUUCCGAGUAUUAAUAAUGCUGAUCAUACAAGUAACUCCUCCGAGGCAGAGAGAAAGCGAUUGGGAGUCAUUUUGAAUCCUCGGGAUGUGAACGAGGUAUUUGAGAGAAGGUUUGGUCUCCAGGUGCUCUGA